AUGACACAUUCACAUAUCUCAUUGGGAAUGAUCCCAUCACUACUACUUCUAUUCGUGUUAUUGAUCAAUGUUCAUACAACAUCAGGACAGAACCUAAACAGUAAUGAAUUGGAGGCAAUCAGAUGGAUUGGAGCUCAAUUCAAACUUAACUGGAACUUAUCUGCACUCACAUGUCAGUCCAUAUCACCUGAUGUCAUUUGCAAUACACUCAACAAUGCAAGUGUCACUCAGAUCAUAUCAACUAUUCAAGUACCAGUGUCACAGGCCAUUCCACUGCCAUUGCCAGAGUUGCAACUGCCCAACCUUGUAAAGUUCAAUCUCGUAUUCAACUCCAACUACUCAGUCGGGAAUGAUUCCUUGAGUGUGAUUGAAUUGUUGGACAAUCCAUCAAAUACCAAACUGGCAUACAUCAAAUUGGAAGGCAAUGCAAACAAUCCAGUAACGUUCUCAUCAAAUUAUCCAGUGUACAAUCCAAUCGUUUCAAUUGAGAUCAAGAAGACUUAUAUAUAUUCGAAUAUACCACUGUCAUUGUUCAAGCUGCCCAAUCUUACUGUUGUCGACUUCACCAACAACAUCUACGCCAUGUUCCCCUCACUCAACUUUGAUCCAGCUAUUCAGAACUUCCCCAAACUGACCAUGUUAAAUUUGGAGUACCCUCCUGGACAGACAAUACCUUAUACAACAUUCAGUCUCUCAUCCAGGUAUCCAUCAUUAAAAAGUUUGAUGUUGUUGAACGUGACUGUGACAUUGGACAUCUCGCCAAACACCAGGACUCUCUCAUUCGCAGGACAGACAACUACAUACACGCCCAACUCACUCAAGAUGACGGUGGACAUUAGUGGAUGGUCGUUCAAGUCCAACUUGAACACGCUGCGUGUUGUUAUGCAGAAGGACGGCUCGCUCAACAAUGCCACCAAUGUGUGCGCUGGCUCACAGAGUGUCGUGGAGAUUGACAAGCUCAAUAAUGUCCAAUUCCUCAAGGUGACCAACAAGAAUGGUGUUGAACUGUUUGGUCGAUUCUUGCCCUUUGCCUUGUCCGAUGGCAGACCAUCAUUCUCUCGCAAUGAGAUCAUCAACACAACAGACACCACAACAUUGAUUGGAAUCAAUUUGCCACAAUGCCAACAUUGUAUAAUUGAUCCAGACUUCUCCGUACUUGUGGAUCAGGACACCCGUGAUGCCUGUGCAGAUCGCUCCAGCAGCUCCAACAAGUGGAAGAUACCAGUGAUCGUUGUAGUCACAGUAGUUGGUGUGGCAAUCAUUGUUGCCGCUACAUCAAUAAUCAUCAAGAAAAAGUUGAGAGGUAGACGAAUGAUAGACAUGAUCAAGAUGAACAAAAAG